AUGCCGGAGUCACCAUUGUCUGCACUGUGGGGAAGUGUAGAGAUUGACCCAGAACCAGACGCAGACGCUGAGAGUCAGAAGCGGCAACGACAAGACCGUACAGCAAAUGCACGAGCAGCAGCCCUAGCUGCACGUAGGCAGCGGAAGCAAGACUUGGUGGAGUCAAAAGUUCAGGAGCAGGUCACUGAUUCUCGUCAGGGGUUGUUGCAGAAGACAUUCUUCACCAGGAGUCUGUUCAACCCUGGCUCUUCAUACAAUCAGGACUAUUCCAAGAGGAAACUUGACCGGGCCAGAUGUGUUUACAGCUGCCUUCAGGUUUUGGUGAAGACAAUCCAGUCCCUGUUUCAACCCGGUCACCCUGAACAUGUGAUCAACUGCAUCAUUGCAGAUGAUACUACAGUGAGGUUCAAGCCCUCCAGUGGUCGAAGUCAGAUUUACACCAUCUGCAAUACAGUGCAAACUCUUCAUGUAAGACAGUUGCAAGCUGACCCUGAUCAACACUGCCAAGAUCCACUUUGGCAGACCAUUCCUGUACCAUCACCGUUGGUGGUUCUUGGCGGAGCCAAAGCUGGGGAUGUUCAUGGUGGAAUGACCGCCUUCGCAGUUCAAUGCGCACAUGGUGUUGGCAUGAUCCUGGAGAAAGUAGGGUUGGUUCCAGAUUCAGUCGCCAUUCCCACUGGUUCAAUCAGAACUCAGAUUUUUGUUGGAGAUGCUUUAAAAGCGAAUGACGCAGCAUGGGGUAUAGAGGUGCAAAGCUUGCCACCAGACUUUGACAAAUGGAAGGCACGAGCUGAUUGGAUUCUGAAGGAUUACUGCAGCAGUUCCAAGAGGUCAAAGGCAGCAUUGACUUCCUUGUUACAGUUCUGCAAUGGGGACACAGCUCAAGAUGUGGUUUGUCACUGGUGUCUACCAGGCUGCUGUCAGAGUAAUUCAGAAUGUGUGACCAAAUUAUUGAGGCUGUGUAUUCCAUUCUUCUCAGCUGGUUACGGAACUCCACUGCUCUACAGGUUCAAACACUACGGUCCAGCAAGCUCCUACAUGAAAGUAGGAUGCGCUUUGCAUAACCUUGUUCCACGUACCUUGCUGCAAAUGCAAAGCGGCGCCCAAGUAGAUGAUCAGCUUUCAUCAAUGCUUGACGUCCUCUUGGCUGACACAUCCAGAAAAUAUGAGAGGGUUGAUACAAACUCAUUUUCCAGUGAAGAUAUUCAGCACCUGGUGAGUGAGAUGAUGGACAACUCAGUUGACUUUGCAACUCAGAACGCUGUCCGGAGGAAGUUGGUGUGUGAUGAUGUCAGCUCACCCAACUUCCACAGAAACACGUUCCUGGUGGACACAUUGCUUCAACCUUUUGAACAUAGUGUCAACUUCUUCUUCAGCAGAACAACCAUACUCCACGAACUUUCAGCCUUGGGGGCUGAGCACCCAAAGCACGAUGAGCUACUGCAAAAAAGCAAAGGAAUGUUUCUCCGCACAGUUCAUGGAGAUCUUGGAAGAGAGCUGAUUCGGGAAUUCAUGAACAAUUUGAGGUUCCGACUGCAUCUGGCUAUUGAGGUUGGGUUGCAAGGUGAUGUGGACAACUCCUACUUGCAGCAAGUGUUCAAUCUAGUUGUCUUGUGCUGCACAGAUACAUGGAGGCGCUUUGUAGCAGAGUUUGAAGGACCGCCGUUCUCACUGUUUCAGCUGAUUGGGGCUUCCAAUGAUGCAUUUGUUGAUGAGUGGUCUCGUCUUUGGGAUGCAUUUAGCAGUUGCUCAUCAUGUGUUGAUGACACAUUUACAUCAACUUUGCUGGCCCUAUUCCCAAAAGAGCUUUGCCAGGGCUCACCAUCACAGAAAGAAGGUUUUCAGCAGAAAGUUGAGCGCUUACUGUUAGACAUCGCAGGGUGGUGUCCAUUGACUUCUGACUCAUGCGAGAUCAGAAACGGCAACACUCAGUGGCUGGUUUCCCGACGUGGGAAGACACAACUCAAAGGCCAGCAAGCAUCAGUGGAGGAAAGCAUUCUCCAAAGUCUCAUCAACACCUACCACUGGAUUGAUCAUGCUGAACCACAGAGAUCCAGAACACGGCAGGAGAUCCCAUCAGAAAAGGACGCCCGUAUUGUUCACUCCCAGACUAGAAAGAUUCGGGCGCUUUCUGGAUGGAAUAUAUUUCAGAGAGAGGAGCUCAAAAAGCUGGGAUUGGUAGAUCCUGACUCCUACAAGAAAGAAGUGAAAUCUUUGAGCGCCAGAUGGAAAGCUAUGCCAAGCACAGAGAAGGAGGAUUUUCAUGUGAUGGCUGCCCAUGAACAGGCUCUUCGGGACAAGCUAGCUCAAACAGCGUUGACCACAAAAACAGAGUCUCAGAGCACCACAGAUGCGGUCACGGCCACCAAGGCUCUGGAGCAGGAAGUUGGGAGAAACGCCUGCAAGAAACUGUCAUCUCGUCGGCUUGCGGUGAAUGAAGACAUGCGCAAGAACAGCCAGGUCUGGAAUUCCAGCACACGGUUCAGUGACAGUGAGGGAGCAUUUCAGAAGUCUUCAAUUGAUGUCACAACUUCAGACGAGACAAUUUCCAAGUUUCUUCAAGACAGCAUUCACCAACCUACAACAUGCACUGACACCAGCGAGCUUCAACUUGACGAGCAGUGUUGCAAAGAGCUUUGUCAAUCAUCCUUGUUGAGCACAACUGUUACAGCCUUGGUCCAGAAUUUUUCUGACCUUCUCACAGAGAAGAAGCUGACAACCGGAAGUUUGCUCUCUUUCAGUGCGACAUUCACAAGUGAAAUAGCAACAUGCUUCCUUGGGGUAACUUUGCAGAGGCCAAAGACACAAACUUUGAUGUUUGCAAGGAUCAACAAUGAGGGACAGCUAAUUUUUCCACUUGAUGGAACAGGGACACCAACCUUUUCAACAGCCAGACAGUUGUUUUGCUCCUACGCGAAGGCAUUUUCAGACAGUGUUGCAGCGCAAGGUGAUGUCGACUAUAGUCAAUUGAGUUUGGCUCUUGACAUCCUCCAGUUUCAUGUCGUGUGGCAGGAUGGGCAGCAGCUUGUUGGAGUCACAGACGGGGUUCUUCAGACAUUUGAGAUCCUUCCACAGCGGAGAGCUAGGGCAAAAAAGACACCUGGGAAACUUCCUCUUGGGCUUCAAAUGCCACGACGGAAAAGAAAGGUUGUUCACAAACAAAAAAGCCAACACAGAGUUUCAAAGCGGAAAAGGCACAGUGGACAGCGAGAUUGUCACAUGUCUGACGUGUCAAGAGAAGGCAGUGAAGAAAGCGGCUCAAAUGAUUGUGUCAGUGCUAGUGAGAAGAGUGCAGGUGAGCAGGAAGUGACAGAGGUCAAGGCUGGAGCUUUCCAGCAAACAUUAGAUCUCAAUGAGGAAAGUGAGGUGGUUGAUCCGUUUUCUGAGUUAGCUGCUGCAGAAGAGAAACACGCCAGAAUCCUUGAAAGUGAAAUUAAGCAAGUCGAUGAGAAACGGGCUGAGUACACCACAGCAGCUCAGAGUGGCGGUGUUGCUCAAAAGACAUUUUUCUCCAAAACCUUGGGGUUGGACUCUGGUGGAAAAGCUGCCUCUGCAAGGAGCAUUUGUCUGUGUUGCAAGAACAAGAUUGGCAAAUCAGAAAUCCGGUUCAGUUGGUUUCACAGCAGGCUACGGCCAUCGUCAUGGCUUCAUGCACACUGUGUGAUUCCCAUGACCGAGGCAUCUGGGCUAAAGGAGGAUACCAUCAGAACACUUUCUGAUAUUGUUCAUGCUGGCAGUGCAAGUUCAAGUUCGUGUGCAGCUCCGGAGCCAGUAGCUGCUGACGUCAAACAGAAGGCAGCCGAGAUUCUGAAAAUCUUGUGCUCAGAGUGA